UUCUUGCCCAAGCCGCCACCAACGCUACUGGGGAAGUCAUUUUUUCUCCUUAAAGACAUAUAAAAGCGUCUCUUCGCCAAGGUUAACAAAGACCUUGUUACUCGUAUCAUAUCGAGGCCUCGGUUAAGAAGCUUUCGUCUCCCACGAGUCGUCGCUGGUUUUAAUCUUUUUUUUUUCUUUUAUUGUAUUUGGUUCAUUCGGUUGGGUUAUUCACUUUAGGAAUUGGGUUCAUUGAUACUCUUUUGUUUGUCACAUUAAAUUUCAUUAUUUACCUGUGAGCUUUGAAUUUUUAAGGUCAUUUUUAUUUCUUUUUUUCUUUACAGGUCGCACACAUAAAACAGUUUCUUUUUUGCGUUAAAAAUGGUACGAAGAAGAACAGCGGCAGUGUUGCCAAACAAUUUGCCUCACUUGCAAAACUUAGUUAAAAGAGACCCGAAACUUUACCGGGAGGAGUUUUUGCAGCAAUGGAAUCAUUAUCAGACAGCUCGGGAGGUCUUCCUCGUGAAUCCUGGUGAAGAUGAUGAUGAGUUUGCCAAUUUGAUUGGUUUUUUGGCUCAAACGUGCAAUCACUAUCACGAUGUUACUAAAAACUUUCCUGCCGAGCUUGCACAACUCUUGCAAGAAAACCAUGAGCAACUUCAUCCUGAUGUUGCCGAGAAGAUUGUUCAGUCGCUUGUGUUGCUGAAAAACAAAACAGUGAUUUCAUCGUUUACACUGCUGAAAUGGUUUUUUUCAUUGUUGAACAGCAAUGUUAACACGUCUAAGGCCCUUCGCAAGAACCUUUACGAGCAAAUCUCGACGACUAUUCGUAACGAAAACAAAAAGUCCCGCAAUGAGAAGCUUAACAAGGUUGUGCAAACAGCUCUCUUUACGAUGGUUGAAAAUGCGGGAACUGUGACAUCAAAGGUUGCCGAUUACACAAACAAGAAGAAGGAGUACACUGUUGGCGAGAUGAUGGGUGUCUGGGCCGUCCGUUUGGUCCAGGAUCUCUGGCGAAGAAAGAUUUGGUCCGGUGACGCCAGAGCUGUCGAAAUCAUGAAGACGGCUGCGCUCUCACCGAACACAAAGGUUAUGCUUGCUGGUAUUCAUUUCUUUUUGGGUGUUGACUCUUUGGAUGCUGAAGAUGAUAGUGAUGAGGACGAAGGUCCCGACUUGAAGAAGCUUCUUCAUCAAUCCAAUAUUAACAAGAAAAGCAAGUCUCGUGAAGCUCAAAUGCAAAAAGCACGUGCCUCGUUAAAGCGAAAGGAACGUCUUAAAAAUGCACCUCCUAUUAACGUUAACUUCCCUGCUCUUCAGCUUUUGCAUGAUCCUCAAGGUUUUGCUGAUGAUUUGUAUGAGAGACAACUGAGCGGAAAUAAACGCAAACUUCCAUUGGAGCAUAAAUUGGUUGUCCUACAACUGCUUUCGCGUCUUGUCGGAUCACACAGACUUAUUGUUCUGGGUCUGUACUCUUAUAUGAUGAAGUACAUGACUCCUCAUCAAAGGGAUGUUACUCAAAUACUCGCCUGUGCUGCUCAAGCUUCUCAUGAGUUUGUUCCCCCAGACACACUGGAACCCUUGAUUCGUAAGAUUGCAGAUGAAUUUGUCACUAGCGGUGUUGCUAGCGAAGUUGUUUGCGCCGGUAUUAACGGUAUUCGCGAAAUCUGUGCCCGUGCGCCUUUUGCCAUGACUCCCGAGUUGUUGCAAGACUUGACCGAGUAUAAGUCAAGCAAAGAUAAAGGUGUCAUGAUGGCUAGUCGUGGUCUCCUUUCUCUGUAUCGUGAUAUUGCUCCUGAAAUGUUGAAGCGGAAAGAUCGCGGCAAGCUGGCUUCUAUGGAAUUUAAGGAGAGAAAGCCUUUGCGCUAUGGUGAAGAUCUUCAUACUGUCGAGGGCAUCCAAGGCCUUGAUCUUCUUGAGAAAUAUAAAGCCGAAAACGGUGAAGAGGAGAACGAAGAUGACUGGAAGGCAUGGGAAGCUAUCGACGAUUCAUCUUCAGACUCAGAUAGCGAGGGUUGGAUUAAUAUUAACAGCGACGACGAGAUUAGUAUAUCCGACAGUGGUGAUGAUGAUGGUGAAGAAGGAAAUUCUAAAAAACUCCAAACAGAGAAGCCUGAAGUUGGUUCACAGGAACCCGUUGACUUGGCCAAUUCUAUCGCUGUCAGAACUAUCCUUACACCCGCUGACUUAAAGAAGUUAGAAGAACUUCGCGAAAAAGAAGGCGUCGAGCGUCUGGUUAAUGGUCCCAAACGUUUGCCCAAAACAAAUGAUGUUAUUGACGCCAUUGAUAUUGAGGGUCCUCGCAAAAAGCAAAAGGCUGAUCGUGAAGCACGUCUGGCAAGUGUCAUGGAGGGUCGUGAAGGUCGCGAGAAGUACGCUUCCAAACGCUCUGGCUUCAUGCCCACCAGUUUAUCAAACAAACGCAAGCAACGUAAUAAGAACUUCAUGAUGAUGAAGCAUAAGGCCAAGAACAAGAAGUCUCGGAGUUUACACGAGAAGCAGAGGAUUCUCCGCGCUCACGUUGAACGUGAACGCAAGCAAAUCUAGGUUUACUUUCUCUGUACAUUCAUUCACUCAUUAUAAUAGCUAUUGUAUUUGUAAAGGGUAAACUUCGUAAUUUCAAGAGUAGGACGCGUCAAUACGCACCUGGCGAUUCGUUUCAUAAUUAUAUUAGUCAUUAAGGGCAUUCUAAAAAGAGUACGUAGCUUCAAUUCGUUGUUUUACAA